UUUUGUUUAUCACUGUGAACGUACCUACUUUCAGCAUAAAUCUUGGAUCAUUCCGUUACUACGAUUUAAAAAUAUUACAUUGUUGUAUUAUUUGUAAUCGUGUUUGCCGGACGAUAAAAACUAAGUUUCUAGUGUUCUUGGUUUGAUGACUUCAUUGUAACUGAUAGGAAUAAAUACUCAAGUCUAGUAUGAUACCAUUAGAAUAUCAGUCGGCGUGUAAUCCUGUUAAUUUUGUGGCUCAGGAUGCUUGCAAGCCACAUUACCAUGGCUGUGAAAGCAAGAAUGAGGGAAAUGCAAUUUUCCAAGAACCAACCACUAACCUGAAUUCUGCAGUUGACACGGAUUGCAGCAACUUUGAUAUUGUUAAAGCAACACAGUACGGUUCGCUGGAACGAUGCCGUCAACUCGUAGAGGCUGGAUACGAUGUGAACCAGCCAGACAGUGAAACCGUGACUCUUCUGCAUUGGGCUGCCAUCAACAAUCGGCUGGAUAUCAUACGGUAUUAUGUGUCCAAGGGUGCUGUAGUAGACGCUGUCGGUGGGGAGUUGCUGGCCACACCUCUUCACUGGGCUACCAGGCAAGGCCAUGUUGGUAGUGUGACGUUGCUGAUGCAAUACGGAGCUGACCCCUCACUACGGGACGGAGAGGGUUGCUCAUGUAUACACCUAGCUGCACAGUUCGGACAUACGGCUAUCGUGGCAUACCUCGUCGCCAAGGGUGUCAACCCCAACAUGCAGGACCGCAACGGCAUGACACCCAUCAUGUGGAGUGCUCACAAGGUCCAUAGUUUAGACCCUACAAGGUUACUUCUAACGUUUGGUGCCUCAACAACGAUACAGGACAAGUACCAACAGAACACUGCUUUACACUGGGCCAUUCUUUCCAAGAACCACACAGCAGUCUCCACUCUAGUCUUGCACGGCGCCAGUCUCGAUAUUGCCAACGCUCAGGGAGAAACUCCAUUUUCGUUACUUAAUUCUCCCAAAGCAUCAUCGUGGGUCGGUAAAAAGGUUCUGGAGAAGGUUGUUGAACAUUCUGGUGUAAACAAGCAUCAGAACAUCUGUAGGCGAUUUACUAGUGAUAAGAGAAUACGUUAUUGGUGCAUGGUGGGAACACCUUUCCUUGCGUUCUAUGCGGUGGGAAUCACAUUACAGACAGAUCUGCCCUAUCCAAUAAAGAUAGCCAUACUGGUCAUCGGCUACAUUGGAAUCUACUUUGCGGGCAGAUACGUCUUUGAUGAUAGGCUCAUGAAUGUUCUUCCAAUGGCUGUUUAUUUAGCAACUAAGUUUUGGUUCUACGUAACAUGGUUGUUAUGGGUGGCUCCUGCCGUGGACUUCCUAGAGUCACUACUAUUCCUGACCAGUUCUCUGUUACUCUGGCACUUCUUUGUGAAGUCUUGGAGAGGGGAUCCUGGCAUAAUAGCUACUACACAGGACCAAAAGUUCAGGACAAUAAUCGAGCUAGCAGAGAGAGGAGGGUUCGAGCCUCAGUGGUUCUGCAGUUCCUGCCUGGUGCGCAAGCCCAUCCGCUCCAAGCAUUGUUCUCUGUGUAACCGGUGCGUAGCCAAGUUUGACCACCACUGUCCGUGGGUGGGCAACUGUAUCGGGGCCCGCAACCACCGCUACUUCAUGGGUUACCUGCUCAUGCUGCUGACCAUGUGUGUGUUCCUGCUGUACGGCUGCACUCAGUUCUGGGUCACCGCCGUCUGCUUUGACACGUCUCAGCCCAGGCCGCACUUCUGGACAGCUGGGCUGAUAGACUCUGGUAUGUGGCAAUAUGCCCAGUGUGACUCAUGGGUGGCCUGGGUGGCUGCUAAUGCUUUCCUGCAUUCUAUCUGGGUGGCUACAUUGUUUGGCUGUCAGCUUUACCAGAUUUCAAUUUUGGGCAUGACGACCAAUGAGAGGAUGAAUGCCGGGCGUUACCGUCACUUCCAUGGGAGCUCGGGAGGUACUAAAAGUCCUUUUCAUCGUGGCAAGUGUCAAAACCUUGUAGACUUUCUACAACUGCGAUGUUUUGGACUGUUUCGUCCAGAUCCUACAGACUGGAUGACAAGGUACCAAGUCCGUAGUCCUGUAGAACAAGAACCCCUUCUAAACAACAAGGAGAACUACCAGUAUGUCUAACCAAAUUACAUUUCAUCUGUUAAGUUUGCCCAGGCUGUGUCUAAUUACAUUAGCAGAUGUGUCUGGCUUUUACACUAUUAUUUAGUCGUAAGUUAUAACUUGUUUUUGGGUAAAUACUAAAACUUGCAUCAGAGACAACUCGAUAAUAUUAUUUUAUGUAUAAAUAAUUAACAUGCUUUCAUAAGCCAAUGAUCUUGAUGUUUUGCUAGUUAUUGUUAAUUCAGUUGCGAUCAAUGACAAAAUAAUUAAUAAAAAAAAACUACUCUGUUGUGUAAGUCAAUUAAACAUUUUAUCUCUUCAAAGGAAAUGUAUUAAGACCGUAUUUAGGUCAGAUCAUAAGUUUUAUUAGAGUAAAAUAGCAUUAAUUAUUGGGAAAAAAUAGUUAAAUAAAGAUUUAUUAUUGUUAUUUAUUAUAUAUUAUGUAUUUGGCUUUUGCCACAUAUGCUGAUUUACUUUUAUUAAAAUAGACUUAUUAUUAUCAAAAUGAGAAGUGUUUCGUGUCGAUUUAUAAUACAUUAAAUAAACUUAGUUAAACACUGUUUACAGUUUUCUUGAAUCGGUUUAGUUUGUAUGUGCGAUGUAAUGAAAACAGUCUUAAAAUUGGAAAAACCGUAUUAAUUUAAUGCUUUCAACUACAUUCUAGAGAUAAAGAAAUGUUUUGUAGACCUGAUUACACAGCAGAAACAUAUAAAUUUAAUUAUAAACUUAAAUUUAAGUAUUGUUAAAACAUGCACUUCCUGUUCCCUGACCAGAUGUUCUACACGUUCUACAUGUUUAUGAUGUAAGUGUUCCAAAUAUUUACCCAAAUAUAGAGUUGGUGUGAUACGGGUGCAAUGACAUUACCUGUUUAUUGUAUUGUUUAAGUUUGUUAUACGGACUAACACAACGUAUUCACUGUAAGUUUUGUUGUCGUCAUUAGUGUGGUUUCAAUGGUCAUAACGGCCGCACUCUUAUUUAUAUGACUAUCACUUAGCUUUGUAUCGUCAGCUUUGUAAUUAUAAGAAUCGUGAGGGAUUUAUUUAUUUUUAUACACCAUAAAUGUGGUUCAGUCAAUUUUAAUUGUCAGUUAAAUAGCAUGUGGUAGCUUAGUGUGAAUUACUUUAGAUUAAUUUCUGUUGUUUCACUUUGAGAUUCAGUUUCCAACACGAAUUACUACAUUUGAGCUUUAAUAAUACUGGGCCUACGUGUAGAUUUGUAUUCGAAGUAGAUUUUUUUCUGCAGAAUGUUAACCUUAUGGUGUUAAAUUAUUGUAGUUAUUUUUUGAAUAAAUGAGAAGACCUAAUUUUAGCAACUUUAAACUACUAUUGAUUGUGAAAAAUAUGUAGACUUACUAUAAUAACGUAGUUUUUGCAAUCACCCACAACUUGUAGAUAUAUUGCUUAUGUCCAUCAAACAGUAAACUUGCUAAGUCAGUCAGCGAACUAAAGAGCUAAUUUCACUCAGCCGAUAAAUUAAAUGAUUGUAAAAUAACAAAAGUUGAAUUUAACUGUUUGUAUGAAAACGUAUGGUCAGACUAAGGCUAAUUAAUAAAUAAGUAAGAUGAGAUUUUUUUAACGCUUUGAUUAAGAGUCUGUUGUCACCAGGUUAUAUGUAUUGUAAGUAAUUUUGCAAUCUUUCUUUUAUAAAAGAUUUAUUUUAUCAAAAAUUAGCCACAUCUUUGUCUGCCAAUUGUUGCUAAAAAUACAAACAGGGUGGCCACCCAACCGGGAAAAUUGUGAAUAAGCCGGUAAUUUCCCUGUAAAACCGGGACGAUUUCCAAAACAAAUUUUCUCUUUAAGAACUUAAGAAAUCAAGAAAUAUUUGACAGAUCCUUGAAUCAAGAGUUGAUUAAUUCCAAACAUUGUAUUUUACACGAUGUGAUCUGUGAAACUCUGAUUACUUACAGAGUUGCGUAGACAGCGCAUUUAAAGUCGAUGAUUUAAAUCAGCUGACCGAUUUUCUCAGUUUAGUUUGUGAACGAUAGCUCCUCAUACACAUUCUGAUGGGUCAUCAUAUUACAUAGGUUAAAA